AUGCCUCCAAAGGACAUCAUCAACAAGGCCGCUAACGGUCUUGAUGCUCUCGCAAACACCUUGAGCAUCUCGACUUCGCCAACCAGCACCUUUCAUAGCCCUGGAAGCCACUUCCCAUCUAGCUUUGGUCGUAGUUCUCGCCCUACGAGAGCUCCAAGACAGCUCAAGCCGUUCAACACCGAGGAUAUCAAAAUCCUUCUCCUUGAGAAUGUCAACCAGACUGCAUUGGAUAUCUUCAGUAAACAAGGUUAUCAGGUGGAAUUCCACAAGAGUUCAUUGCCAGAGGAUCAAUUGAUCGAGAAAAUCAGAGAAGCCCACGUUAUUGGCAUCCGAUCAAAAACAAAGCUUACAGCCCGAGUCCUUGCCGAAGCUAAGAACCUUCUCGUCAUCGGCUGCUUCUGCAUCGGCACUAACCAAGUCGAUCUUGAAUAUGCGGCAAAGCACGGUAUCGCCGUUUUCAACUCACCAUUCAGCAACUCACGCAGUGUUGCAGAGCUUGUGAUUGCAGAGGUUAUCUCUCUUGCUCGCCAACUCGGUGACCGUAGCUUGGAGUUGCACCAGGGUAGAUGGAAUAAGGUCAGCGCCAAAUGCUGGGAGAUCCGUGGAAAGACAUUGGGCAUCGUUGGCUAUGGCCACAUUGGUGCCCAAUUGUCAGUCCUGGCCGAAGCUAUGGGUAUGGCGGUACGAUAUUAUGAUGUUGUUCCGAUUAUGGCCCUUGGAACGGCCAGACAAGUUGGGUCGCUCGAAGAGUUGCUUCAGCAAUCGGACUUUGUGACUUUGCACGUCCCCGAACUACCGGAAACCAAGAAUUUGAUUGGAGAAAAGCAGUUCAACCAGAUGAAAAAUGGUUCAUAUCUGAUCAAUGCUAGCCGUGGAAGUGUCGUUAACAUCCCUGAUUUGAUUAACGCCAUGAGAUCUGGCCGAGUCGCUGGUGCCGCACUCGACGUUUAUCCUAACGAACCAGCUGCUAACGGUGACUUCUUCACAAACGAUUUGAACACCUGGGCCGAGGAUCUUCGAGGUCUCAAGAAUAUCAUCUUGAGCCCUCACAUCGGUGGCAGCACCGAGGAAGCCCAGAGUGCAAUCGGAGGUGAAGUCGGCGACGCUAUUGUUCGCUACGUCAACGAAGGUGUUACCAUUGGUGCCGUCAACAUGCCUGAAUGCACACUUCGCUCGAUUGAUUUCGAGCAAGCAAGCCAUAUCCGUGUCAUCUUCAUCCACCAUAAUAAGCCAGGUGUUCUGAGGCAAGUUAAUGCCAUUCUCUCAGACCACAACGUUGAGAAGCAGAUUUCUGAUUCUCGCGGGGAUGUUGCAUAUCUUAUGGCAGAUAUCAGCGAUGUCAAGGAGUCAGAGAGAAAGGAUAUCAACGACGGGUUGGAGAGCUUGGGUGCCUGCAUUCUUACUCGCGUUCUUUUCUAA